UUGGACCACAAGUUCUAGCAUCGUGGAAACAGGCCUUAAGAGCUGAAGACGAGAGAGUCUAUAGGUACCAUUUCAUGCGCAGCAUACUGCCGCAGCAACUCGCUGCUAUUGGUUGAAGAAUUGUUACUAGAUGCUGCAAAAUAAAUUUCACCAUAUUUUGCUUCAUCGCUGUGAAGUUCAAUUGAACGAACAGCAAAGCAGCAGACACGCGAUCUAGCCGGCCAGUGCUGCUGCAGCUAUUCCUUUUCCGUGAGCAGCAAAUAUGCUGUAGUGAAUUUGGAUCACGUGACUAAUUUGCUGCUGCUGCAUGCUGCGUAUGAAAAGGCACCUUAUGGUGUUUGCCCGCGGUUUGUUGUCGUCGAGUUAACCAACAAGUCUGUGCGGGCGAGGAGGGUUUGUAUCGAGCCUUGUUCAAUUUUCCACGAAGUCUAACUUUUAACUAGACGAAAAGAUGUCGGACAAGGAGGACGAGGAGAAGCCCGUGGUGCCGAAAACGGCUGUGGAUCUGCAGAGAUUAAAGCUGAUGAAGCUAAUGAAGAACGUAGACAAACCGAUUAUACUACCGGAUCGUCCGAAGGCCAAGAAUACACCCUCCGUACCAGAAUUCGUUCGUAACGUAAUGGGUAGCAGUGCUGGAGCGGGCAGUGGCGAGUUUCACGUGUACAGACAUCUACGGCGCAAAGAGUACGCGCGACAAAAAUUCAUUCAGGAGAAAGCGCACAAGGAGCUUUUGGACGACGAGUACCACCAGAAGCUGGAAGAGAACAAAAGAUUGGCAGAGGAGGUGACGGCAAAGAAACGCGCCAAGAGAUUGAAGAAGAAGCAGGGGCGUAAGCUGAAGAAACGUAUGAAAGCUAAGAAGGAGGACAACGCCGUCGUGGAAGAAAAGCAUAGCGAGAGCGACAGUUCGGACGAGAGUGAAGAGACCAGGACUGUGGAAAGUAGCGUAGAAAAUGUCAACAGUUCUCCCAAAAGUGUGUCUACUGAUGAAAGUGAGGCGAAGGUGACAGAGAAGGAACCGUCGUCACCUGCAGAGGAAAGUCGAGACGAUACAUCAAAGACUCCACCCGAGAUAUCAAGUGAAAACGUUCAAUGCGGCACAUGACGUGUGCACUGACAUUUUGAUGUUUCUCGUUAAAUUUGAGAUUAUGGCUGCGUUCAUCUUAGACACUAGUGUGUUGCUCAUUGAAUGUUAAAGAAUGACAGUUUCAGCAUGCGAGUGUCCAAAGCAAACAGUCUAUAUACAGGGUGCCAUAAUUUUUGGAGUGGUCAGAAACGAAUUUGACAUCCUGUAUAUAUAUGAUCAAUGUAUUAUUUAUCAGUUUACUCGUCCACGAUUAGAAUUAUAUAUUGUACUAUACCGUUCUAGUACAAGUUUUAUAUAUAUUUUGAGUUUUUAUGA